CUUCUGUGUGACAUGUGCCACGAAUUUACCGUGUACGUUUGAAUCGAAGGAUUCUCUGAUCGGAAACCAGUAUUCUUCCGUUCGACUACGUACGGAUUAUCCUCGUAUUUACGAUAGAGACACUGUGACCACGAAAACUGUAUCGUUAUGCUAAAAUAUAGGGAUGCCGGUUGACUGAAGAUGGCCUCGCCGACACUCUCAGUGGAAUCGCGCGCGAAUUCCAUCGGAUCCCUGGUCUCGCUGUCCCCGCUUACAGUGAGCGGCAGUUCUCCGCCUGCGAGCGACUCGGCGAUCUGCGACGUCGACAGCUGCGACCUCUGCCUCGACUCGCAAAAACCUGGAGAGGCACCCUGCCCGCGGUGCCGAUUAGGAGGCGCCGGUGGAGUUCGUUGUACCGGUUGCAAAUCCAACGAAUCCGACGCUGUAGCUCGUUGCUUCGACUGUGUGAAUUUCCUCUGCCCUAACUGCGUCAUGGCGCACCAAUUUAUGCACUGCUUCGAGGGCCAUCGGGUCCUCAACUUGGGCGAUUCGAAAAUCGAAACGGUUACCACCAGCUCUGCCAACACCGAGAACCCUAAGAGCAAUCUGGUGAUCAACAGCGGAAACAGCAACGGCGAGAAAGUACCUUACUGUCCACGGCACAAACAGGAGCUGCUGAAAUAUUUUUGUCGCACUUGUACCGCGCUAGUGUGCAAAGAGUGCGCGAUAGCCGAUCAUCCUGGCCCGUUACACGAUUACGCGCACAUCUCCGAGGUAGGAACGCAACAGCUCGAAGCGAUGGCAAGAGUGGUUCAAGAGUGUAGAGCGAAAGCUGCGAACGUGAGGGCUGCCGUGAAGGCAGCCGACCACGGUGCAAUACGAUUACAAGUGCAGUACCACAAAGCGCAAAACGAGAUCAACGACACUUUCCAAUUCUACCGAUCUAUGCUCGAGGAGCGAAAGCAAGAACUGCUGAAAGAGUUGGAAUCGGUGUUUUCCACGAAACAAAUAUCUCUGGGCGUUCUCACGCAGAAAGCCAACGAGAUGGCCGACAAGAUGCUUCAGACCUGCGAAUUCGUCGAACGGCUAACUAAAUACACCACCGUCAGCGAGGUGCUGAUGGUGAAGAAGCUUCUCGACACGAAGCUCCAAGUGCUGCUAAAUUACACUCCGGAUAUUGCCAGUCAAACCGUGGACCUCGAGUUCGUGAGCAAUUAUCAGGCGAUUCAAGUGGGCGUACGAAAUACGUUUGGUUACGUGAGAAGCAACAACGAAAGCAACGCUGGUCCAAUCGGGAAACAACCACCGAUAGCUCGACCAACGGCAUUGUCGAGUAACGGUAACGGUGGUAACAACGUGAACACUGGACCCGGUAACGCUGGAUCUUUGGGAGGUUUACUCUUGGAUAGACCUUACAGCAACGGCCUGAUAUCUGCCACUUCUACCAGCGCCUCGUCCACGUCGCAGUCGUCGUUCGACAGCAACAGUACCGUCAUUACCAAGCGUUUCAGUUCGGCCAACAGCCUAGGCCCGUUCUCAACGACCAUCAGCGAUCUGAACUUGAACGCGAUAAACGCGAACCCUUACGAGAAAUGGAGCAACGGAGGUAGCGACGCAUACCCAGUGGUGACCAAUAACGACCACUUCCCGAUGCCAACGUCCGUCGCUGUCGCAGCGAAUGCCGCGUCCAGUGACUCCGUUCUUGACCUAACCUCGAAACUCAUGUCAGCCGCGGUGAUAUUCCCCGGAAAGUCACAGAUCAAGCGGCAAAAGAUGAUCUAUCACUGCAAGUUCGGCGAGUUCGGUGUAAUGGAAGGUCAAUUCACCGAGCCUUCGGGUGUAGCUGUGAACGUGCAAAACGACAUUAUCGUCGCCGACACGAACAAUCAUCGGAUUCAGAUAUUCGACAAGGAGGGCAGAUUUAAGUUCCAGUUCGGAGAGUGCGGCAAACGAGACGGCCAGUUGCUUUAUCCGAACCGGGUGGCCAUAGUGAAAACCUCGGGCGACAUAAUCGUUACCGAACGUUCGCCCACUCAUCAGAUACAGAUAUACAACCAGUAUGGUCAGUUCGUACGUAAAUUUGGAGCAAACAUCUUGCAGCAUCCGCGCGGUGUAACGGUCGACUCGAAGGGUCGCAUAGUCGUCAUCGAGUGCAAAGUGAUGCGCGUGAUAAUUUUCGACCAAGCCGGCAUCGUCCUUCAGAAAUUCGGAUGCUCGAAGCAUCUCGAGUUUCCUAACGGAGUAGUCGUGAACGACAAGCAGGAGAUCUUCAUCAGCGACAAUCGCGCCCAUUGCGUGAAGGUGUUCAACUACGAGGGCACCUAUCUCCGUCAGAUCGGCGGAGAGGGGAUCACGAACUACCCGAUCGGGGUAGGGAUCAACGCCGUAGGCGAGAUACUGAUAGCAGACAAUCACAAUAACUUCAAUCUGACGAUCUUCACGCAAGACGGUCAACUGGUUUCGGCUCUCGAGAGCAAGGUCAAGCAUGCCCAGUGCUUCGAUGUUGCUUUAAUGGACGACGGAUCAGUCGUGCUGGCUAGCAAGGACUAUCGACUCUACAUUUAUCGUUACGUACAAGUACCGCCGAUCGGCAUGUAGAGCAGCGACAAAUCACGACGCCGACAACGAUCGUCUGUCGUCGUUUUCAUCGUUGUCGUAGUCAUUUUUAUCGCCAUUGUUUCGACGGCCGCGAAGCCAGGAUCUCAUCGAUCUUUUUUUACUUACACUUGCCUAUCUUCUUCUUCACCACCCACCUACCAUCACCGCUCGUGCUCACUUUACCUAUCCAUCUUCGCCCGCUCGACCCACCUCACUUCCGUUUACGACGAAACGCCGAUUACGAGACAAAACAAAAUGCAAGCGUACGCGAGCGAAAAUGCGUUGAUUCGGCAGUUGUCGAAAUUCAAGAUGACAGGCCUUAUUUAUACGAACACGUGCGCGUACGUGCGUGCCAUGAAAAACUGCACGCGAUCUAGACGAAACGGGUUGCUUCCGUAAGUAGAAACGCCGUCGAGAUCGUCCAAGAACUCGUUUCCGCCUGCCGUUACUCUCCUACCUUCUUGCGCGCGCGUGCGCCACGUGCGCCGCGUGUCGCUUUCGGGGACUAACGUUAAA